AACGAGUAUCAAUUCAGUGAGAUAGUUUAAGAAAAUCUACUCUGUUCUUUCAGUACCGCAACUUCGCAAACCCACUACUACACAAGGAUCACAAGUCAGUCUCCACUCUUCAGCAGCGCAGCAAGAACAAGGAGGAGGAGGAGAGACGAUGGCUGGUCCGGCGAAGGCGUCGUGGAUGGUGGCCAUGAGCGUGGGCGCAGUCGAGGCACUCAAGGACCAGGUCGGGCUCUGCCGCUGGAACUACGCCCUAAGGUCCAUCCACUGUGCAGCCAAGGCCAACGUCCGCAGCGGCGUCUCGUAGGGUAACAAGCAGCUGCCUGCCUCAGUGGCCGCCGUGGCAGAGAGGCGGCGAGCGGAGAAGGCUGAGGAGGGGCUGAGGACUGUCAUGUACCUUAGCUGCUGGGGCCUAAAUUAAGAGUGGUAGUAGCUAGGAGGGCUGUGUUUGUUGCAGCAAGCAACUUAGUAUUAGUAAGCAUCCAUGGCCUGAGACUUGGCUCUGGUUGACCCCUGAUCGGUUUGUAAAGAUACACGACGAUGAUGAUGAUGCUGAAAAUUUUGGCUAUGAGUGCAUAAUUUAUAUCA